AUGACGGACAAAGCCCUCUUCACCCCACUCCUGUCAGUUUGUCUCCUCAAAUAUCUGCUUUGCAGCUCAAUACGAAUUUACGAAUUUAGCAAAAGGGAGUUGCUAAAAAUUUAUGAAGAGUCCACGGGGGAUGACUUAGCUUUAGGCAAAAACACGCUGGAAGCGGAAGACGUGUUCCACAAUUUGAAGCUACUUUCCAUAUGCAAUAGAAAGAGAAAUCAUUUUGUUAAGCGUAUUUCCAACUUGGUUUGUAAAAAUAUUUUCCCCUCAUCUUAUGUAAGAAUAAAAAAGGUGGACGUCCUCUAUGGGGAUAUGGUUCACUCGAAGGGAUCCAAACACGUGCAGGAAAUAAACUUCGUCUGUAAAUAUUACAUAUAUGACAAUUCAUACGAAAUUGUAAAAUGCGAUGAUGGUAAGGAUGAGCUACACCCUCUCUACUUAGGGUUCGACAUAGAAAGGAGGAGAAGUGAUGAAGAAAAAGGGGCAAGCAAUCAUGGCGACUUUACGCAGUCAAACCAUUUGAUACGUUCCGAUAAAACGAUUUUUGUGAAUAGUUCAGACGAAGCUGGUGCAUCCACGGAGAAGAACCCCAGUGGGGUGAUAACCCCCAGAAUGGGUACCCACCAUGGAGACUAUUUAUGCAAAUUAAAACUGAAUGUCCAUUCGUACCUAACCGAGGCAGAAAAGGUUAUUCUAAAAAUUUUAAUCGGCUUGUGCAUCAAAUUGGGAUACAAACGGCAGAUUCUUUUUACAGAAAAUGUGCUCUCCUUGGUUAAACAUUACGAAGGGAACCAACUUAAGGACACCCUGCUUGGUCUCCAGUUCGACGUGCACUAUAGUAACUUUUACUCCCCUAAUGAGGUGUACACUAUAGAAAGUGAAAAUUCUUUUAUUAAUGAUGAGAGAAAGGUGGACCGAGAAAGGGGCAUCCCCAAAAUGCACUUCAAAUUUUUUGCUAACAAAUCGUAUUUGCUGUGGAGAGGGAUAGAACAGAAAAGGGAACUUUUUAAUUAUAAAUUGCGCGAGCUGGCAAGCCUGCUAAAUCGGGUCGACUACAAAGAAAGGAUUAAAGCAUGCUACAUGAACGAGUUGUACGUUCAAUACGAGGAGGAUGAAUUGUAUCUGAGGAAGAGUCUGUCUAGCAAGCUAACCAAGCAGUUGGGUGAAAAAACGAAACAUCAAAACAGUUUGAGAUUGCAGGGGAGGAGCAAAUCGGGAAAUUACAUUUUAGUGGAAGCACUCGAACACUUUUGCGGAGAGGAUGUCCCAUCUUUUGAAGACUGCCUCAGAAAUGUGAUGUCAUCGUCCACGCUGGACGAGAAGGGGAAAAGCAUUAUGCACCACUUCUUAUAUAGCAGCUUUUUAUGCGUCGAAAAAUGCCCCCCAAGUGAAGAAGAAAUAAACGUAUUUGGACAUGAUAUGGUGAGAAAAAAAUUACAGCAGUAUAUCAGUCAGAGCAGUUCCUUACCAUUUAGGAGGAAUACUUUUUCCGAAAAGAUAAAAGACAAAAUUAAGAAAAAAAAAAUACCUAGUGAUGUUCUGCUCCCUCGGGAUGAAAACAUACAGAGGGAGUUCUUCGAAAAUGUCAUCUUCUCCACCGAUUUUGACUCCAUAAAAUUGUUAUUAAAGGAUGAAGUAGACAAAAUAAAUGUGAAAGAUAACGUGGAACAUAGGAUAUGCAGUAUUGGGAAGUACAUGAGGCACCAUGAAAAGCUGUACGUAAGGGACUACCAAAGGGGGAAGGGCAGAGUGCUGUACGAGUCUGGCAUAUUGGGGGGUUCCUUUUGGAGUCACCUGAAGGGUGCCCGAAGGGGGAAUUGGUCGAAGCAGGCGGAAACCGGUGGGGACUUUGAUUUUUCGAUAAAAAACUCACAUGGAGGGGUUGCCAACAUAGGGGCGCCAACGGGUACUUCCCAAAAAGGUGAUAAGAACAGCCGGGGGGGAGAUCCACCAACGAACGGUAUGAAUAAAGACAAAGACGCAGAGAUUACUCCCCCUCCGUUCAUCGUCUUGCCGGGUGGAAAAAAAAUCCACAUGCUGCAAAGCGAAUACGAGUAUGACGUUCUGCGGGAUAUGUACCGAACGGAUGAGGCGAAUGGGGGAAGUGGUGAGAAGGAGAGUCACCCCUCUGGGGAUGGUGCAAUCAGAAGAAACGAAUUUUUUAAACUUUUUCACCACAGGGAGGGUCAUUAUAAGUUUGUUAUCAAAAAUGUUCCCACCAAAUUGAGCGACCUUUUGCAGAAAGGUGGCAACGAACAGGAGACAGACCUAUUUCCUCUUUUAUACAGGAGUCUGCAAUUCGCAUGCAGCGCAGACGGGACGUGGCCAUAUGCCAGAAGAGAGGUGGCCUUUUUUAAAAACGGGAGCGUCCACUGCGAAGCGGAAUUUCAAAACGAGUUAUCAGUGAGGAGAACCCCCCGAAGUGGGAAGAAAUCAUUUGGACGUUUUCCAAGGGGGACACUAAUAAAAAGUAGCGACCUGAGGAGCAAAAUUGUGGAGGGGAAUUCUUAUGAUAAAAGGGCCGCACCCCUGAAGAGUGAAAAAAAAAAGAAGGCUCUCUUUUUACACCCAGAAAGUGUGCUAUACAAAAUGGAAGAAAUAUUUUUUUAUGAAAAUCCAAGUGUCAAAAGUGAAAUUGUCGGGUUUGUUCUUUUUCAUGAUGUGUGCACAGUAACGUCCUUAGGACAUGGAGCACAUCCCGUUAACUCCCCCUUUUUGGGAAGCGACCUGCUGGAGAUGAUAUUUGGCUACUGCAUUUUACACGGGUUUAAAAAAAUCAGAGUGAAAAGCGAAUCCUUAAAUUACGAAACUGGGAUAAGGACCUCAUUCAUUGAGAUUUUACUCAACGGAAAAACAGCACUUGAACAUUUAGGGUUAAGACUUACAAACGUAGCGAAGUUUUCUAAAGAACUGUAUUAUGUAAUCACUGGGUAUACGUGGAAAAGUGAUUUGGUGCUAUCACCCAUAGUAAGGUUUGAACAUGAUUUAUACGUGCAUCACGACAUAGAGGAGCGAUUUUUCCUUUACGUGAAUAAAAUGUAUAGGAAUAUGCUCCACGAUUUGUCCUUCUCUUGUGAUGAAAAUUAUUAUCCUUAUAAAAAUUGUUAUGACAUCUACCCCUCCGUGAGAAGGAGUCAAAAUAAUCUUUGUCUCUUCGAACUGAAUCCCAUAUAUGAAGAAUUGAAGGAGCUCUUUCCAGACUCUUGUAAUAUUGGCCAACGCGUUAGAAAAUGCUAUGAGGAGAUAAAAAAAAACGUUGUCUGCACACAUAACGGUGAAGGAGGAGAAGACGGAUGUAAGUACUACCAAUUUAUUGUAAAUACAUUCAUAAAGCCGAGGAGGAAAACGUCCUUUUUUAUUUAUCACAAUAUGUAUGUACAGGAAUAUCUUUCAAAGAAAUCCUACCCCUAUUACUUGCUACUCAGUGAGGUUAUAAAAAAUGAAGAAAAUAACUUUCUCGAAAAAGGCAACUACGACUUAGUGGCCGAUGCACAGACGCACCUCUUCUUAAAUUACGUUUUGCAAAAUUCUACCUUUUUUAUCUUUUGGAAUUUCUCUACCGAAUUUUGGAAAAGGUUUCGGUACAUCCAGGCUGGCCCAACCGGGGCCACUUCCACACCGCAGAAGGGGCAAGCUGUGUUUUGCCCCAUGGCCUAUGCGUACGAAUUUGUGGAGCACCUCGACACGUUUUAUGUGAGGGGGUAGUCACGAAGGGGUAGCCCCACCCCCACAGUGCUACUACCCCUGGGGCACUACGCUACAAAGAGGUGCA